AGCAGGGAUCGAGGCCAAUAUAAACCACGCACUCCCUACCACGCUCCAGCCAACCCAACCGAGAUCGAUCCAUCAGGGGACUCCCGAUCGACUCCACUGCACACACGGUGCACCACCAGCCACAAGUGCAGCUAGCUAGGUGCGUAUCUAGAGCAAAAAAAAGGCGACGAUGAAGGUGUCGGCGGCGGCGGUGGUGGUGGCGCUGUGCGCGGCGACGGCGCUGCUGGCGCCGGCGGCGGAGGGCACCGGCAAACUCAAGGUGGGCUACUACAAGAAUACCUGCCGCGGCGUGGAGAGCGUCGUCAAGUACCACGUCGCCAAGGCCAUCAAGGCCAACCGCCGGAGCGGCGCCGCGCUCGUCCGCCUCAUCUUCCACGACUGCUUCGUCAGGGGCUGCGACGGCUCGGUGCUCCUGGACCCGACCCCGGCGAACCCGCACACGGAGAAGACGGCGCCGAUCAACAUCGGGCUGGCGGCGUUCGAAGUGAUCGACGAGAUCAAGGCGGCGGUGGAGGAGCAGUGCCCGGGCACGGUGUCCUGCUCUGACAUCCUGGUGUACGCAGGCCGCGACGCGGCCAGCAUCCUGAGCAACGGCCACGUGCACUUCGAGCCGCCGGCCGGUCGCCUGGACGGCGUGGCCUCCUACGCCGCCGAGGCGCAGCGCGACCUCCCGGACUCGACCUUCACCGUCCAGGAGCUGAUCCGCAACUUCCGGCGCAAGAACUUCACGGUGGAGGAGCUCGUCAUCCUCUCCGGCGCGCACGCCGUCGGGGUGGGCCACUGCUCGUCCCUCCGCGCGCGGCUGACGGCGCCGCCGGACCAGAUCGUGCCGGCGUACCGGAACCUCCUGGCGGGGAAGUGCGCGGCGGGUCCCGACCCCGUGGUGCCGAACAACGUGCGCGACGAGGACCCCGCGGCCGUGGCGGCGGCGUUCCCGUCGUUCCUGAAGAAGCUGCGGAAGACCAAGGACUUUCUGGACAACAGCUACUACCACAACAACCUGGCGCGGAUCGUGACGUUCAACUCGGACUGGCAGCUGCUGACGGAGAAGGAGGCGCUGGGGCACGUCAAGGAGUACGCGGAGAACGGGACGCUGUGGGACGAGGACUUCUCCGACGCGCUCGUCAAGCUCAGCAAGCUGCCCAUGCCGCAUGGCAGCCAGGGACAGAUCAGGAAGCACUGCCGCUUCGUCAACUACUAGCAGCCGCCGGCCCGGCCAUCCAUCCAUCCAUCCAUCCAUCCAUCCAUCUCCAGUUAAUGAAUGCGGCUAAAUUGUGAUUAUUUGACUGAUCGGUUCAUUUGAUUGUUCAUGUUGUUGUUCUACGUGUGUUUUUUUGGUGGUGGGAUUGAUUGAUUUGUUGCAUCUUCUUGUAUGGAGAGAACAGAGGGGGGAAGGGAGUUGAUGCAUGCGUUGUAUGGUUUGUACUUUGGACAUUUUGCUGUCCAGUUUCAUGUAAUAAUAAGGAUGAUUAAAGAAAGUAAUUUAAGUUGGAAAUACAA